AUGAUUACAAAAAUUCUUGCACUUUCGUUUCAGCAAUAUGCUGUUACCAAAGCAUUUAACCCUCCAAAUCCACCUACUCCAUCGUCAAAUGUAAAAGUAAUGAGUCAUGAAGGCUUUAUUGGCAUUUUCUUUAUAAAUGUUUUCACAUAUUUAUCUACUAUUUUACACUUAAUUCUUUCAUUCUGUUAUAUUUAUAUCAUGUAUCAACAAGAGAUUAAUGCAAUUCCAAUUUUGCCUUAUGAAGAUAGUAAAUUUUCGGAAUGGAAUUUAGUAGAUAUAAUUUGUUUCUUGUGUACAAUUGGAGGGUUUUGUUUAAGGUUAUGGUGUUUCAAUACUUUGGCAAAAUUUUUUGCUUUUAAUCUCGAAAUUAAGAAAAAUCACAAGUUAAUCAAGACAGGUCCUUACACCUUAUUAAUUCAUCCGUCGUACACGGGAGCAUUUUUAACUAUGUCGAACGUGUCUUUGAUGUUUUAUCAAUUACAUUAUUAUAUUCCCUUAUAUUUCUCAAAUAAUGUUCGUUGGAUAUUAAGUCUGUACUUACCUACUUUAUUGUCGUUUUUGGGGAUAUAUUUCUCAAUUACAAGAGUCAUCCUUGAGGAACAGAUGAUGAGAAAUAAUUUUGGCAAAGAAUGGGAUGAAUAUGUUAGUCAAAGAAAAAGAUUUGUUCCAUAUAUAUUUUAG